AUGGGGUUUCGGACGUUUUCCGAAGAGCCCAUUGCAGAGUCUGAGUCUGCUCCGUCUGCUCCUCCUGAGCCUGAGCCUCCUUCCGUGCCAUCCCUGCCUUUGCAGCCUGCAAACACUGCAGGCCCCGCUGAGGCAGGGGACACUGAAGAGGCUCCUGAUGGUGCCGGUGCAGGGGACGAUUUAGCGGAUCUUCUUUGGGAUGUGCAGGUCUCGACAAAAGGCAAGGCCAUCCGAAGGCGCCCCAUGACCGAGAUUCUGAUGGGAAAACUCUGCUAUUCCUUGAGCUCCACAGCGGCCGUGGCUGAGGUGGUGCAAACUGUGCUUCGAAUGAUGGAUGUGCUGGCUGAGAACACGAACCAAGAAGACGUGAAUCCCUCCAAGAGCCACGUGCGAACGAUUCUCGUGAAGCUGGAUUGUUUGCACAGCUUGAGCCGGAGGGUUUUCGCGAAGCCGAACCAGCCAGAUCGAAGAACGGUCAGGUUUUUGUCGGCAGACAGCAGCCCGCAAAAAAACUACGACUACUUCCUGGUCACAGAAGAACUGAUGACUAGAGACAGUGUCCAUCGUGUGCCAGUGGAUGCAAGCGGGCAAGUAGAUCCGUGGAGAGGGUUCGCCGUGGAACGGAGGACCAUGGUAGUGACCACCAUCGCUCGAGGUGAGAGCUCGGCAGCUCUGAAGACCAUGCGAGUUCUGCACAUCAUAUGCCUGGAGAACACAGCGGAGGCAGUGCGGGGACUUGCCAGGGACACAGGAGCUGCCGCCGCACAUGAGAGGGUACUGCGCAAGCAGCUGAACACGGUGUGCAGGUUGCUCACACCCCGCAGCGACCAAGAAGUAGUCGAGGUUAAAAUGCUCGAUGCGGGGGCCCCUGCGGGGGCGGGCACAGCAGCAGACAAGCAGACAUUGCAUCAUUUCCGGGCACUGGAGGCCAGAGGAAUUUGGUUCCGAUGUGCAUCUUGCAAAGCAGAUCACGGAGAUUUUCAGGAUGACAUGCAUGGUUGGAUGGUUAUGUGGGCUGGGAAGUUCGCAGAAGCGGCAGCCCGUCUUGCACAUUGGAUCGAGGGUUGCUUCUGCCACGAGCAUAUCUUGGUUUCCCAGAUGCCAGCCUCCAAACGGCGAAAGACAAUGAUGGAAGAAACUGGAUCUGGCACUUGUUGCUGGAAGGGGAAGAGGCUUCCAGAGCUGGCCUGCGGGAAGAUGACGGACCUCAUCCAGUACUUUACAAACCAAGCCCGCGCAGAGUACAUCUCGGAGAUGCUCGCUGCGCCGGCUGAUGUCCGAGCACGUGUUACGGCGAUAGAUGCACUCGCGACAGAGCAACUUCGCGUGGUGCUCGAGCAGAAGUUUGCAUAUGCACAGACCAUCCCUUGGGUGGUCCGUGCAGCAUUUGGGGGGUACACAGGCAUCUUUUGGGCUCGUUGCAAGGCCGCCAUUUCGGAAGGCUUUCGUCAGUAUUCCCAGGCGACAACAGGUGGCGCUUUUGUGGAUGCAGUGUCCUUUCGAGCCUUUUCCGGUCAGACAUUGGAAAGCCGGCAGCUGAAAGCUUUUGCAGACUCGGAGUUGCCCCUGCACCAUUAUGCCGAGGCGUGGACCAUGGUGCAAGAGUAUUCUUUCUGCAGCCUCGCGGUCGUAGCCAUGAUUGGUGAUCCCCAGCAGCUGCAGCGAAUGACAGUUGUGCAGAGAUUGGCGAAGGUGUACGCGUACCGCCCAGACGAGCACUUCAUGGACGUGAGCGAGGAGGCAACUGCCCAGGCCGUGUACCAAAAGGCGUUGCUGGAUGCCUCGGCUGCUGCCCGCACGGAAGACUCCGUGCCGUUGAAGCUGGACCCAGCCCCUCAUCAGAUUGUGCACUUCCUGAGGAGCCAUCUCCGGAACGGCAGCCUGGUGCAGCCGGAAGAGGAGGCAGAUGUGCCAUGCAAGGAGAUGCUGUCUCAGCACUUGUGGCUGAGCUUGCGAACAGAAGUGGUGGUGCCAGCAGUUUCCUUGGAUGCUCGACCCGAGCAGCGGAAGGAUGUUCGGGCGGAUCGGGGCCGCAGCAAAAGCAGCAUACUUGUGAUGUUGCACACACAUGUCCGAGUUCUGUCGGACACAGAAGUGCGGGUACAGUCCAGCGGGGAACAGGCAAGAGUUUCCGGAGCUGGCGAGCUUCUGUAA